AUGGAUAACCAAGGAGUAAUCUACUCUGAAAUGAAUCUGGCCAAAAGUCCAAAGAGGCAGCAAAAGAAAUCUAAGGACACUAAAAGCUCCAUUUCAGAAAUCAAACAGGAAAUAACAUAUGCUGAAUUAAACCUUCAAAAUGCUGCUCAAGAUCUUCAAAGAGAUGAUAAAUCUUACCACUGCAAAGAUUUACUGUUACCUCCAGAGAAGCUCAUUGCUGGGAUCCUGGGAAUCAUCUGUCUUGUCUUAAUGUCCACCGUGGUAACAAGAGUUGUCAUUCUCUCUACAGAAACAAAGAAGCAGAACAAUUCUUUCCAUGAUGAAAGAACUCAGAGAGCAUAUCACUGUGGUCGUUGUCCAGAGGAGUGGUUCACAUAUUCCACCAAUUGUUAUUACAUUAGUAAGGAAUUCAAAACUUGGGAUGAGAGUGUGACGGCCUGUGCUUCUAACAAUUCUAAUCUGCUUUACAUAGAUAAUGAAGAAGAAAUGGUAAGAUGUUACGUAUGGAUUUUUAUUCAUUACAGAAUAGCAGAAACAGCAGGUGGUGGUGAACGUAACUGUGCUAUUCUACACUCAGAUAAUCUUCAAUCAGAUGGAUGUGGAUCUUUGAAAAGAUAUCAUUGUAAGCACAAGCUUUAG